AUGGCCUCUGGAGUAGUGCUCAAGUCGACUUCACUGCACUCCGGGGGUGAGUCUCAUUUCAGGGUCCUGGGCAGAUACAGAGGUUCUCAGCAGAAUCCAGAUGGGGCUUUGUAUGUGCCAGGGAAGUCAUCAGUCCGGCCUCAGAAAGAGACCCAGCUGGACGAGGGAUUGGCUGCAGAGGAAACAGAGCUGGCUGCCAGAGGGGAAGCUUCUCUGAGCUGGAUGGAACCUUACAGCAUUGGGGCUGGUCUGCAGAACCCAGGGAACGCCUGCUACAUGAAUGCAGCUCUCCAGUGCCUGACGUACACCCUGCCACUUACCAACUAUCUGCUGUCACAGGAGCACUCCCACACCUGCCAGCGCCGUUCAGAGCUCUGCAUGCUCUGUGCUCUGGAAAGUCACUUUACUUGGGCUCUGCACAGUCCCGGCCACAUGACCCAGCCCUAUAAGGCAUUGGCUGCUGGCUUUCAUAGAAACCACCAAGAAGAUGCCCAGUUUCUGAUGUUCGCGCUUGAUGCCCUCAGGGCAGCAGGCCUGUCUGGCCUCAACUGCGAGUUGGGGCCCACAGAGCACCAGCCUCUAAGCCAUAAGCUAGCUGGAGGCCGCUGGAGGUCUCAAGUCACAUGUCUCCAGUGCCAAGGCACUUCAGACACACGGGACCCUUACCUGGACAUCAUGCUGGAGAUCCAGGCUGCCAAGAAUGUACAGGAAGCCUUGUGGCAUUUGGUGAGCCCGCAAGAGCUGGACGGGGACAAUGCCUAUGAUUGCGCUGCCUGCCUCAAGAAGAGGCCUGCGUCCUGCACGCUUACCUUGCACAUGUGUGGGGAUGUGCUCAUUUUGGUCUUGAAGAGUUUUUCUGACUUCACGUAUGACAAAAUGGCAAAGCCCAUGCACUCCUGUUUGGACAUGAGGCUUUACCUGUCUCAGCAGAAUGGGGGGCCACUGGAGUACAGGCUGUAUGCUGUCCUUGUGCACGUGGGCUUGCAUCGUACCAGAUGACAUUACCUGUGCUAUGUCAAAGCCGGCAAUGGCUGCUGGUAUCAGAUGGAUGAUGCGAAGGUCAGCACCUGUGGCCUGACUUCAUCCUUGAAGCAAAGUGCCUACGUGCUCUUUUAUGUGCGCAAGGGUGGAUGGGAUGGUGCUGGAGACCAGCUCUGGCAAAGGAUGCCUGGAUUGGCGAGAUGA